UGCAUACACAAUAUAAACUAUACGCGGCCAGUAUCCGGGGAGAACAGAUCUCGAUAUAUGUAUUAUUAGUGUUGGUUAUAUUAGCAUAAAAGAGUGAGAGAGUAGAGGAUCAAUACCUUCAUGUUGUUUGUCAUUAAAGACGAUAAUAUCAAUUGAUCGAUGCCACGCUUACGGAUCAUUUCACACUUAACAAGCAAACUAGAAUAAUCGAAUACGGAAUAUACUAAAAACACAGAAGGAAUACGAAAAGAAUUCUAAAUUAAAGAAACAAAAAUAUGCAAAUAGAGUGUCAAUACAACGGAUCAACAACAAAUCACAACUAAAUACAUAUAAAAAAAAAAAAAAAACAACCGUCGCUCUGACUAUAUAGAAUUGUUGGUUGGUGAUAAUGAUGAGUUGCUCGACAUAACAAUUGUGAUGAAAUGAUAUCAAAUGUGUGCGCCUAUCGGUCAUGAAUGAGUUGUUGAAAGUUUAAUUAAUUUCGAUCAAUUCAGUUCGUUCGCUUAAAUUUUUUGCUUGAGUGUGAAAAGUGUCAAAAUAAAAAUUUGCUAAAUCGAAUAACAGUGAUGAUUUUGUGUGUGAAUAUUUCAAAUUAACAAGUGAAAUUUAAAUUUAAAGAUUUUUAAAAAUAAUCAAAACAAUAAUAAAAUUAAAUACACUUCAGGUGUUGUCGAAUUGAUUGAUUACUACAAAGCAAAAAAAAAAAAACAGAAAUACAAGAAGAAGAGUAAAAAGUUUUCUACAAAUAAUUAAUUAAAUUAAAAUCAAAUUAAACAAAUUUAAUUAGUGUUAAUUACAAUUAAAGUGCAAAUAUCUUGACACUAAUAUGAGCUAAAUGAAAGACAUUUGAAAUAUCUACUACAUACGAUUUUUCAAAGAAGAAAAUACAAUUUAAAUAAAAUAUAAUUAGUUUAAAAACAAAUAGACGUAAAUAAAUAAAUAUAGAGAAAAAAAUAAAGAAUUUAAACAUAAAUAAAACGAAUAUUUUGUGUGCGAAAAAUAAAAGUAAAUUUGAAUUAGAGAAAAAAGAACUGUGUUAUGCAUCAAGCUGUUUAUAUGAGACCUUCAUCGAAUAUCAUGGGUCCCACGGAAUGUACGAGUGCAAUUAUGUCAUCCAUGUCUUUUAUUGAUAAUAACGGAUUAGGUGCCAAUAUAACGGAUUAUGGUUGUUAUACCACAGAUCCAUGGUCCACACCCUAUAUGAGUAGUUUAAGUCCAAUGAAACAAAUUGAAGCCUGUAUACAAACAGCCGGAAAAGAUCGCACCACCUAUAAACCACUUGAACGCACGAUUGACUCAAAAAUUACAGAUGGAGAUACGAAUAGUACGUGCAGCGGAAAAGAAGAAUCUGUCAACGCCUCAACAAAUUAUUCAGGCAAUAGUGACACUAACAAUAACAACAACAGCAACAGUAGCGGCAAUAAAAAAUCUAAUAAAAAUAAAACUAAAGAAUCAACGACAAUCAAUAAAUCGGAAGAAAGCAUACAUCCACUAUUGGCUCAGGCUGUUGUAGUAUUGGAAACAAAAUCUUUAUGGGAUAAAUUUCAUGAACAGGGUACAGAAAUGAUUGUAACAAAGUCGGGACGUCGUAUGUUUCCCACAUUUCAAGUCCGCAUUGGCGGUCUGGAUCCUCAGGCCACCUAUAUAAUGAUGAUGGAUUUUGUUCCCGUCGAUGAUAAAAGAUAUCGAUAUGCAUUUCAUAAUUCCAGUUGGGUUGUUGCUGGCAAAGCUGAUCCUAUAUCACCACCACGUAUUCAUGUCCAUCCCGAUUCACCAGCUCCGGGAGCUAAUUGGAUGAAACAGAUUAUAUCGUUUGAUAAAUUGAAAUUGACCAACAAUCAAUUAGAUGAAAAUGGUCAUAUCAUUUUAAAUUCUAUGCAUCGUUAUCAGCCACGUUUCCAUAUUGUCUAUUUGCCACCCAAAAACACUUCAUUGGAUGAAAAUGAACACUCAGGUGAUUUUCGUACAUUUAUAUUUCCGGAGACUUCGUUUACAGCCGUCACAGCCUAUCAAAAUCAACGUGUCACCCAGUUAAAAAUUGUAAGCAAUCCUUUUGCAAAAGGUUUUCGGGAUGAUGGAACUAGUGAUGCAACAACGGGCAUGAAUCAAAUGAGCCAUGAAUCACAUGCCAGAAUGAAACAACACCACAAUGCCCAACAGCAGCAGCAACAACAACAACAACACCAUCAACAGCUUCACCAACAACAGCAGCAGCAACAAUUAAAGGCCCAUAUCAAAGAUGUUAAUACAGUGGCUGAAAUGGAAAAUCAUCAAAAUUCCCUAUUAACACAUGUGGCCACAACAACAUCACCAAAUCACAUGAACACUUCAUCUUCUACCCCCUCCUCCACUACAGGCACUUCACCAGAUUUAUUAAAUUAUCAGUCGCUAACAACAACUACUGCAAAUCCCUUAACUGGUGGACACAUGAAUGGUAACUGUAUAUCACCUAAAACAGAUCAUUCUCAUCACAGUUCCACUAGUUCACCUUAUGGUGGUGGUCACUCUCAUCAUACUACGAAUUUAGUGGGUUUAACAUCUAUGCCCGGUUCGCAUCAUACUACCACACAUCUCAAUUUGAAUCUCAAUACUCAAGUAGUGCCUCAACAGACCUCUCCUCCCGCUCAUCACCAACAUGGCCAAAUGUUAAGUUCUAACAAUAUUUACUCAUCCAUUGGCCAGCCUUAUACCACCGAUAAUAGUAGUUAUGGUCCUAUAUAUCAUCAUCAUCACAAUGCCGCCCACUAUCAUGGUCAUUCUUAUGCCACGCCUUAUGAUAAACUUAAAGUUUCGGGUCAUAUGCGUCAAACACAUGGCGUUACAAAUACCACACUCAGUGGCAAUAGUGUUACAACCCCCUCUCCCAAUUCCUACAGCAUGAGUAGCUAUCAAUCGUUUUAUGGUUCUCCACAUCAAAUGAUGCGUCCCGGUGGUUACAUAGAUUUAGUUCCCAGAUAAAUAUUAAUAACAAAACUAAACAUAAAGUGCAAUUAAGCCAAAACCAAAGAUUAUUUUAUGUCUAGUAUUAAAACAAAUAAUAAAUAAAUAUUUGAAAUUUAUAAUAAAAUAUAAACAUUUUCAUGAUAAAAACAGAAGAAUCUAAAGAAAGUAUUGAAAGUGUUAAAUCAUCUUCUUUUGCAAGUAUUAUUUCAACGUACAUACGACGUGUUUCCUUAACAA